AUGAUCCCGUUAUAUGAGGCCAGCAGCCAAUUCCAUAACUGGCGUUUCUCUGCUCAAAAUCUGGACCAAAUACGCUCCUCUCUUAAUGCUGCUGCGGUAGGCGUAAUUCGCAACACCUUUGAGGCUGACCAGCCAGGGUCUUCUGCCUCAAUCUCUUUCUUGAAUCCAGACGAAGAACUAUUGCUUGUCCGCCUCUACGCGUCAAAGAUUCCUCAACUCUGCGGUUUCUUCAGAUUUCCCGAGGAAGUUGAAGCCACAGCAGUCAGUUAUCUCAAACGCUUCUAUCUCAAAAACACAGUCAUGGACUGGCAUCCAAAGAAUGUCAUGCUCACUGCGUUGUUUCUUGCGACAAAAACGACCAACCACCCUAUUGCCCUGGACGCCUAUGCAAACAACAUUCCCAAAACCACGCCUUCAGAUGUUGUCGACUUAGAAUUUCUUGUUGCGCAAAGUCUUGGGUUCGAAUUUGCGGUAUGGCACGCACACAGAGCAUUGUGGGGAAUAUGGUUGGACCUUCAGAGUCUUCCAGACGCACCCCCAGACCGCGCUACUUCUCAAAGAGACGUAUAUGAAGCUGCACUCAAACACGUCCGAAGUUCGCGUCUAUCAGACGCCGAACUCAUCUACACCCCUUCCCAAAUCGCCCUCGCAGCUUUGUCAAUUGCUGACCCAGAACUCGCUUCCGAAUGGUCGCACUCCAAGUUCCCCUCAGAGUCCGCUUCAAUACCCCAUCUAGAUAAUACGCUAGCUGCUAUCCGUGCAUUGAUCGAAGCUGCCGCCAAUCCACAAGAUGUCGAGGUUGUUCGGGCAGUUGACUUGCGGCUUAAAAUUUGCAAAAACCCAGAAAAGGUGGUCGGAAGCAAAGCCUAUCUUGCCAAGAAAGCGGAGGAAGAGAGGAAGGCAGAGGAAAAGAGGACUCGAAAAGCGGCUGAUGCACCCCCAACGGAGGGUGAUCCUUUUGGUGAUGAAUUAGCAGGCAGGCUGGUCGACUACGAUGACGAUGACGACGAUUAG